AUGGCGGAAUUCCUGGCCUCGUUUAACUUUGGCGCGGCAGAGGAGGAGCCGGUCCGCGACAAAGCUUGCUCGAACCUCGACGAGGUGCUGUCCCGCUUCCGCGAUGGAUUCGAAGGCAAAGUGACCGAAACACGCGCCGAAAGAAUAAAAAUCAGCGUCGACAUUGGACCCUCAGCAAAUUUCACCAUUUUCGGGGGCCAAGGUGAUAAUGUCGACCCCAGCCUAAGCAGAGUCUCUGCCCGCGAUGCCCUUGUAUCGCAGCCGCAGCAGACCCCGAUCACGCAACGUGCCGUAUCGCAGGAAAUACUCAAUGCUAUCGGAAACAUAGAUGGGAGCACAUGGUCGAUGACGGAGGAAUUGCGCAAAACGCAGGGCUGGGUGAUGACGUAUGCCUGUAACCACUCAUGGCAGCAGUGGACACGGCGUGGCAAGGCCACACAGACGCAAGCGAUUCUCGAUUACAGUCAAAAGGAGCUGGAUCCUACGUCCCGAGCACGGCCUGCCUUUGACUGUCGUGGAACGGUGACGAUUACCUUUUCCAAAGGCAACAGCGCCAUAACUGUGAAUUAUGCACAUACUCCCUUUCAUCGGACAGUUGGUGAACAGUACGACUUAUUCAAACCGCCACCUCCGCCCCCGAGAGCUGUUACUAAGAAGAAAGCACCCGGAUCGGCUAAGAAGAGCGACACGCCUCGCAGGAAACGGGCUGCGACCGGAGCAGAUGGAGAACCAACCCCCAAGAGACCAAGGCGACCGAAGAAAGGUGCCAAGAACCAGCUCUCACAGGCUGAGUUGGUUCCAAUAACAGAAGGCUUCCCGUCAACCAACGGUAAUGGUACGACGGUGACUGCAAUCGACGCUGCAGAUCAUGCUGCCCUCGCCGCUCUUUCGGUAGCGACAGCGGGGGAAGCGCUUCCAAAUAACGGCACAACAGGAGCAGCGAAGAACAAUACAGCAUCGUUGAAUGUGUCGCCUGAAGAGGCGGCGCGACGGCGCGAAACGGCUACCAAGAAAUUAGUCGAAGCUGGCAUCGACCCAGACACGCUCAAUGCGGACCAGUUCAGCAUCUUCUCUAAUCAGUCGCCCGAGGUGCAGAACGAGUCGCUCAACAUGCUUGUCAAGUACGGCGCAGAGCGGCUGCACAUUGUUCACCCACCGAAGAAGGAUAGUCCACGACCGGCUGGGAGCCAGCCUGACGCCGAAUCAAUAGCGUCUGGCUCCGUCAAUCCCAAUCGAAUUGCAAAUCAUUCGGCGAGCGAGAAUGUUGAAGCAGACGCUUCUGGCGCUGAAGCAAAUGGAGCUUCAGAAACACCACGCAAGGCGAAACGUGGGACGAGAUCCCGCGUUUUCUGCUUUAAUUGCAAGCUCUCGAAAUCUAAGUGCUCAAAAGAGAAACCUACUUGUAAUGUGUGCCAGGAGUCUGGGCUGUCCUGCGAGUAUCCAGCGCCCAGACCUAGACAUAGCAAGUCUGCUGCUAUUGUCACAGAAGAUGACGAUACCAUCAUGUCAGAGAACGUUGAUGCCGAGGGCGAGGUAGAAGACUCUAGAACAGAAGUUGCUACACAAGCCGAGGACCCUCGCCCGCCAUCGAUCUAUGCCCAAGUUCCUAUUGCAAAUAUGAUGCAAAUCACCCCGGACGAUGAAGGCAAUGGAUCUCACCCAAUCGGAGAAGCAAGCAUUCAAUCUACAACUACAUACGAGAAUCGCGCCCCGACAAGCUCGCUGAGUUGGAGCACUGGUGGGCUAGCGCUACCGCAAGGGCGAGUUUACUAUCCUCCAGAUACGAGUGCCGCUACCAGUGCAGCUACGAGAGAACCGCUGCCAAACAAUGCCAGAACUGUCGUGGAUACACCUCUGAAAAGAUCGCAGCGAGUUCCGAAACCUACGGCAAAGGUCAAGAGUCGUGUGCCGACACCAGUUCAAUCUCUCAUCGCUUCACCCCCCAAUCGUGCAAGACACGAGAGUCCCCUUGAGCGCCAUAACCCUAGACGACACGAGGCGCAACCACGCAAUCCCCUUGCUUUCGAACGGUCUCCGCCGCCUACUCCAUACGGCCAGCCAGCAACUCACCCGCAGUAUGCAAGCGACCCGUAUCGGCAAAAUUCCAGCUAUGGUCAAAGUCAAGGAGCGUACCCGCAACUGCAAGCUACUGCACCGGACAGAGUUGCGUAUGACCCAGAUUCGUACCGCAAUCCUGUACCCCCUAGGGCAUUCAACCAGCAAGAGCCUCAAGCCCCUGCACGUGCCCCUACUGCUAAGCCCCCAUGGCCAAGUCGCGGACAAGAUGCUGCGGCGGCGGACACCCUUCAGAGAAUUCACGGCUAUGGAGGAAACGAUAAUAUAGGUAGUGCAAUAUUGUCGGCACAGGCGGCAAAUCAGCGAGGCAGCACAGGAAGCAACAGCGAUGGGGCGCGUGGCGUGAUGGCUGCAUCGAAGCGCGGCGCCUCACGAAAGUCGUACUCCUCACAGCCUACGCCGCAGCAAGCGCCGGCUAUACAGAACCAGCCGCAACACGGACAACAGCCUUGGUAUGGAUUUAAUGGUCUCCAUGGUGGCUCUACGACUGGUACACAAUCGAACCACAAUUGGGGAGGAUCUGGCGGCAGUGGCUGGAAUUAG